AUGGGUAUUAAAGGAUUAUGGACUGUUUUAGCACCUUAUUGCGAAAAGAAAUCUUUACAUGAAAUCCAGGGUGAAACACUUGCUGUGGAUUUAUCAGGAUGGGUUUGUGACAGUCAAAAUGUUACUGAGUAUCACAUCCAACCAAAACUUUAUUUAAGAACAAUAUAUCUCUUAUUAGCUGAUAUAAAACCCAUUUUUGUACUCGAGGGAGAUGCCCCAGAGCUAAAAAGAGAUGUCAUGGCUGCACAAAAUGCAAUACAGUUUCGAGGUGCGCCACCAAAUUCUGGUGCAACAUCAAAUAAACCAAAUGUGGCACGCAGAAGAUUUAGAAGUGUCCUGAAAGAAUGUGAAACCCUUUUAAAAUGUAUGGGGGUUUGUUGUAUAAAAGGAAGAGGGGAAGCUGAGGCGACAUGUGCAGUAUUAAAUUCGCAAGGUGUCGUGAACGCGGUUGUGUCGCAGGACUCUGAUUGCUUCGCGUAUGGGGCUCGACGCGUUUACCGAAACUUCAGCGUUUCCAGCUCCGCGGGUGGCGGCGCCAUGCAGGGCUCCGUUGAUUGCUACGACGCCGAUGUGAUGUUCCGCAGCAUUGGAUUUGGCCGCAACAAAAUGGUGGCUCUCGCUUUGCUCUGCGGCUGUGACUAUGGUGUGGGGGCGUGUGGGUCCUCAAUUAACACCGUGGUGUCCUUCCUACACACCGUUCCUGAAGAACAAGCUAUAAAUAGGCUCGUGUCGUGGGUGAGCGACAGUCGUCAGUUCGAGGAGCGGGCGCGCUGGGCGGCGUUGCCGGGAAGGUGCGACCGCUGCGGCCACUCGGGCCGCGGCCACGCCAAAAGCGGCUGCCCGGUGUGCGCGACGCACCGCGGUUGCCAUGACAACGCCCACAAGGCCAAAUUAGCGGAGGUAAAAAGGGAACUGUCACUGCGUACGAAGGCUUUGUCGAGUGGCGUGCCAUUCCCUGAACCGAUGGUUAUGAAGGAAUUUUUGAACGCAUCUAAUGAAGAGAUCGAUUUGAACUGCUUAAAAACACCGGUGCCGAGCUUAAUACAAUUUGUGAAAUUGAUGUCCAGCAAAUUGGAUUGGAGCGAACGGUAUUGCGUCGAAAAAUUCUUACCAAUACUCACGAAAUGGCACCUUCGGGAGAACGUUGCUUGCAGGAAGAUUGCGCCGAAAGCGAUUAAAAAGAAAAGAAAUCCGAAAGGUGUACCUUCGUAUGAAGUGUUAUGGGAAGAUAUGAACGGAGAGUAUGAUGGGUUAAUUCCAGAUGAUCAGUUCGAAGAAUCCGAAGAUAUUUUACAAGUUUGGACUUCGAUCGAACGACAAGACUUGAUGCGAAGAUAUUAUCCAGAUUUGGUGGAAGCGUACGAGGAAUCGGUAAAGAAGCCAGCGAAGGUUAAGAAAGUAAGGGAGAAGAAAAAUAAAGAGAAUCAAGAUCCCAACAAACCGAAGAGAAAAUAUAGUAAAAAGAAAAACACUGUCAAUGAUGAUGUGUUGGAGACAGUCAACAAUUCCCUGAGACGAUUAAGUCUUAAUGUUACAGAUCUUAAUUCAAGCAGAGCCCAACGACAAGUUGGCUUGGACGAGUAUUCUGCUUAUCAUCACGGGUUUUCUAAAACUAGAGCUCAUAUGCGGCUCAAGUACGAC